UGCCAAGAGUAUCGUGUAAAACACUCUCUAAUGAGGAUUGACAUGUUCCCUAUUAUAUUAUAAUAUGAUAGCAUAAAUUAGUCAAUACCUUGAACCGAACUGACUUUAGUCCACCUAGCUUGUGUAAAGCAGUUCACUGUGCUAUAGUGUCCCAUAAAUAUCGCAGCGAUAGUAAUAUCAUAAAACAAUCUUACAAGACAAAGCUUGUCACACGACUUACGUUUUCAAAUCGUCUUACGACGGUGGUGAGACCAUUUUAAAUAUAUGGACUUUUAAAGAAUUUCUAAAGAAGAAGAAAAAUGGUCCGUCUAGAGUCACAUUGUAGUCCGGAGUCACCUCUAUCGACGGGACCUGAACAUGACCAAUUUUCUUGGUGUUGCAUUCAGCUUUUUGUGCUAUUAUAUUUGUAUAACAUUCAAGGAUUGCAAUAUUACUACUCGAUAGAAAGUGUUGCAAUAUUACUACUCGAUACUAUAACAUUUAGACCUCAAACCGAAAGUAAAAAUCAAAACUGGUUGAUGGUGGAUUCAAUAAAAAUGUAGUAAAGGAAGUUGUUAAAUAUCAAUUUAAGUCUUCAUACUUUGAUGUUGUUUUUGAGUUUUGGAAGCUAAAAUAGAAAGAUGUGAUCAAAAAACGACAACACUUACUUUGUGUUAGAAGCAUACAAGCAAUUUAAUGGCAAUUUCCUUUGGACGCUCAGCUUUGUUGUUGUUGGCAUAUGCCUGUAUUUUCAAAAGUCAAAAGUGGUACAUGAUUGCACUUAUGACAGCAUCAUCAACUAUCUUUCUUUUAGUAAAAGUAUUUAAGAUAGAAAAGAUCAAUGAGGGAGCUCCAAUGAGUUAUUUGUUAAUUAUUUAUUCAUUUGUUAUAUGUUGGUGUGAAGCGUGGCAUUUUGAUUACCAAGUAAUACCAAAAGAGACACUAAAAAAAAAAGAAAUAGAAGUAUUACCAAAUGUGAUUGCUGGUUCAUACAGUGGAAAAGAUUACUUAAAAAGUUUUCCUCAAGGUCCACAUUCUGCUGCAUACUUCACCCCUCAUGCUCAGUCAAUAUAUAGAGCACGAACCAUUAGUGAUGGAUCACAAAGCAGUAGUAUCAGUAAUUUAUCACAAGAACUACAAAAUGCACAAGAAAUGGAUCGCAGUUGGAUCUCUAAAGGUAACGAUAAUGUACAUGAAGUACUUAAAAUAUUUUUUAUAAAUGAAGAAUGGCAUCUAGAAAAAAAAGAGACUGACAAUAUUUCUGUUUACGCACGGUACUUUAAAGGAAUUGGUAAAGUCUUUAAAAUGGAGACUCAGUUUGAUGUUUCUAGUAAUAUACUCGAUAAAUUAUUUUGGGAUGACGUUGAAAAUCAUUCAAUAUGGAACUCGUCUGUAAAAGAGUGUCAGGUUUUCCAUCGUGUUAAUAAGAACACCGAUAUUCUUUACACUGUAUCUUCUGAAGCUGCUGGUGGUGUGAUUGCUAAUAGAGAUUUUGUUGUUCUUCGACGUCGAAAAAAGAAAGGUCCAAUAACAUUGCUAUGCAGUGUAAGCAUUGAAACUGAUCUUUUGCCAACUAAAAGUGGUAUAAUAAGAGGUCAUAAUGGUCCAGGUGGUUUUAUUCUUCGAAGUAUUCCCAAUGAACCUGGAAAAACAGAGUUGUUUUGGUUGUUGAAUACAGACAUUAAGGGCUGGCUGCCAUCUCGUUUAGUGGAACAAAGUUUAAGUGGAGUUAUGGUGAACACAGUCCGAGAUAUUCGCAGGUAUUUAAUGAACAUUCCUUCAUCUUAGAGCGAUGUUUCUAUGGUUUCUUUUUAUCUAGCUUUUUUGAUCAAUUUUUAUAUUUAAAACGAAAAAUACAGUAAAAAUAAAAUUGUUUUUUAAAGCAGACAAAUGAUAAGACUCAAUUUUUUUUUACCAAA